GGCGGCCACUCUAACCAUACAGUUGCAGUUUUCGUGCCAUUUAAUAUUUAAUCCCGAGCGCCGGUAUUGGGGCUGACUCAAAACAGUGUCGUUUCUGAGACAAGAGGAAGGAGGGGGUACUGUAGCAUUCCCCGCCCUAUAAAACACAAGUCAUACACACUUAAAGCUGAAACAAAUCCGUCUCCUGACGUUCGAAUCGGAAAGUUUUCCUUUGUUGUAUUCUCCCCGAGAAGAGAUGGAGCGCUGGAAAGGCAGAGUGGCGCUUGUGACCGGCGCUUCGGUCGGGAUUGGAGCUGCGAUCGCUAGAGCGCUUGUCCAGCACGGUAUGAAGGUAGUCGGCUGUGCUAGGAGUGUGGACAAAAUAGAGAAGCUGGCGGCGGAGUGCCAGAGUGCCGGCUAUACCGGGACCCUGAUUCCCUACAAGUGUGACCUGUCCAACGAGGAGGAGAUCCUGUCCAUGUUCUCAGCCAUCAAGACCCUGCACCAGGGGGUGGACGUGUGCAUCAACAACGCCGGACUGGCCCGAGCAGAGCCCCUGCUGUCUGGCAAGACCGAGGGCUGGAGGAACAUGAUUGACGUGAAUGUCCUCGCCCUGUCCAUCUGCACCCGGGAGGCUUACCAAUCAAUGAAGGAGAGGAAUAUCGACGAUGGCCAUAUCAUUAACAUUAAUAGCAUGAGUGGCCACAGGGUAGUUCCCCAAGCUGCUGUGCACUUCUACUGCGCCUCCAAGUUUGCUGUGACGGCACUGACAGAGGGAAUCCGCCAGGAGCUCCGAGAAGCCAAAACUCAUAUAAGAGCCACGUGUAUAUCCCCUGGACUGGUGGAAACAGAGUUUGCUUUUCGACUGCACAACAAUGACCCAGAGAAAGCUGCUGCUACAUACGAGAGCAUUAGGUGUUUAAAAGGAGAAGAUAUAGCCAGUGCCAUCACAUAUGUCCUUAGCGCACCGCCACAUGUGCAGAUUGGAGACAUUCAGUUGAGACCUACAGAGCAGGUGUCCUAGCAACAGAGGAGGAAGCAGCUGGAACGGCAGGAAGAGCCAGCAGUAUAGGUUACUCCCCAGCGACCUCUACUGGACAAAACCUAUGAUCACGUUUGGGAGAUGCAAGCCCUUUCUCUGGGAGUCUUGGAAGGUGGCUCAUCGCCCCUCUGAUUUAAGAAAGGAAAGGACGUAACACUACAGUGUAAUUCUGAUAUGCUGCUGGAAUCGAACAUGUCAAAUUUGGUGUAUUUUCAGCCUUGUUUUAAUUUUUAAACAAAUUGUUUCGCUGCUGCUCCUGAGUGAUACACGGUUGCUAUGACAGCAACGAUUACAACCGUAAAGCACACAAGUGUGUGUGUGUGGUGUGUGUUUUUUUUAGUUUAUGAAAUAAUAUCUUAUAUGAAACUGAUUGUUCAUAAAACUUUGACAUAUAUUAGACCUUCUGUGUUGUUAGAUGUGGGUUAUUCCUUAAUGGUAUUGAUAAAAUCAAUGAAGGGGUUUAAUAAAUAUUCUUUUCCUUUUUGUUUAUGAUCAGCAUAGGUUACCUACAGUGUUGCUUUUUAAAACGUAAUGCCGAUUAAACACUAAUGGCUUCAGAGCCACAUUAACUCUCCGAGGGUUUGCUGCUCAAACAUUACAUUUGUAUUGCCUUAUUGAAGGAGAUGUGAGCGAGAUGAAAGAUGAAGCUCAAUAUUUAAACAAAGGCACUCUGAAUAGAAAUGCUUGUAAAAUCUAAAACUCUAAAAUUGAAUUUGCCGCUGUGUGCAGUAUGGGCUCUAGUCCUUUCAAAGAGUGAUACAGUGAGGCGAGUCAACGCCUUUACAAGUGGAGACACUGGGACCCCAAAUAAUGCCAGUUUUAAGAGUCAAGGGCUUCAAAUACCAUUUCUCUUACUUUUCUAUGCUGUCGGCAAUCAUUCUGAGGGAUUUGGGGUCCUGUUAUAUCCAUAUUGUUAUCGUUAUUUUUAAAAAAAACGGCCUUUACCUGGCUUCGAACUAGAGAGCCCAGAGUGGUGGGAAUGAAUAGACGUCCUCAUUCCAGCUGAUCUUUGUCUGUAUAAAUGUAAAGUAGCUGGGACUGGCACAGUUGAAAGGUCACAUUGUCACAUGAUUAGAAUGGAACGAGGAAGCUUGUUCAAUCCUGGGAGUUAGGGUUCGCCAGAUUGUCACAUGAUUAGAAUGGAACGAGGAAGCUUGUUCAAUCCUGGGAGUUAGGGUUCGCCAGACAAGCUCUAUGCUGCUCAAAGCCAGGUAAAGGCAGAUUUAGAGAGAACAUGUCAACUCAAUAUUGGAGAAGCAGAACCCAGAUCCUUAGAAUGAUUGUAGACAACAUACAAUAGAAAACAAAAAGAAGUUAGAAAUUUGAUUCUACCGCUCUGGUUGAUACUCCUGUAAGAAAUCGGUAUGAAAGUGUAAAGUGUGCCCCAUAGUCUCAUGCAGCUCAUAAACUUGAAUAUUAAAGGAAGAGACGUUUAUUAAACCCCUGCCUUUUCUCCGUAGUAAAUCAUCCAUUCAAAAAUUUAUAAUAAUGGACUUGCAUUUUAAUUCAGUUUGGACAGUUAGCACAAUACUAACUUUUCAUUUAGUCACUGUUUCUAACCCACAUAUGGGCAACUGUAUGAUUAAAAGUACUACUUUUUGUUUAAUUGUGGAUUGUAAUGAUGAUGAUAAUUAUUAAUACAUUUUUUAAUUGCU